AUGGCUCUCUUGUCUGCGAACAGCAGAGCUGCUGCAAACAACUCAGACACUCGCAUGGCAGGCUGCCUCCUCAUCGGCAUCCCUGGGCUGGAGUAUCUACACAUCUGGCUCUCCAUCCCCUUCUGUACCAUGUAUGUAGCUGCCCUGGCAAGCAACAGCAUUUUAAUUUGUGUUAUUCUCUCCCAGCCAAGCCUGCAUGAGCCCAUGUACAUAUUUUUGUCCAUGCUGGCCAGUGCUGAUGUCUUGCUCUCCACUGCCACGAUGCCCAAAGCACUGGCCAACUUCUGGUUAGGUUCUAGCCACAUUUCCUUUGACGGCUGCCUCACCCAGAUGUUCUUCAUCCACUUCCUCUUUGUGGCCGACUCUGCAGUCCUGUUGGCCAUGGCCUUUGACCGCUAUGUUGCCAUCUGCUCCCCUCUGCGGUACGCCACCAUCCUCACAAGCACGGUCAUUGGGAAGAUCACUGCCGCCACCUUGACCCGCAGCUUCAUCAUCAUGUUUCCAUCCAUCUUUCUCCUCAAGCGCCUGCACUAUUGCCGGGUCAACAUCAUUGCACACACAUUUUGUGAGCACAUGGGCAUUGCCCGUCUGUCCUGUUCUGAUAUUUCCAUCAAUGUCUGGUAUGGGCUGGCAGCUGCUCUACUCUCCACUGGCCUGGACAUCAUCCUUAUCGCUGUUUCCUACAUUCGCAUCCUCCGAGCUGUCUUUCAACUCCCUUCUCAAGAUGCCCGGUCCAAGGCCCUGAGCACUUGUGGCUCCCAUGUCUGUGUCAUUCUACUCUUCUACAUUCCUGCCCUCUUUUCUGUCUUUGCCUAUAGAUUUGGUGGGAGAUUCAUCCCAAGCUAUGUCCACAUCCUUCUGGCCAAUCUCUAUGUGGUCAUCCCACCAAUGCUCAACCCUAUUAUUUAUGGAGUGAGGACCAGGCCAAUUUUGGAAGGGGCUAAACAGAUGUUUUCAAACCUUGUCAAGGAAUAUAA